GAGGGGAGGCUUCGGGCUCAGCCCCCGGAUCGGAGUCCGGCCCCGGGCCGGCGGCCGGCAGCCCCCAGCGGCCGCUGGACGAUGCCGAACUGGCGCUGGCCGGGAUUAACAUGCUGCUCAACAACGGCUUCAGGGAAUCGGACCAGCUCUUCAAAAAAUACAGGCACAACAGUCCUCUGAUGAGCUUUGGAGCGAGUUUUGUUAGUUUCUUGAAUGCCAUGAUGACCUUUGAAGAUGAAAAAAUGCAGUUGGCUUGUGACGAUUUAAAAAACACGGAGAAACUCUGUGAAAGUAGUGAAGCAGGUGUCAUUGAAACAAUCAGGAAUAAAAUUAAAAAGAAUGUUGAUAUGCAGAAGCCCAGUGCAUUAGAUGUUGAUAGACUCCAACGACAAAUCAUCAUUGCAGACUGUCAGGUCUAUCUUGCAGUACUUUCCUUUGUGAAACAGGAGCUCUCAGCAUACAUUAAAGGUGGAUGGAUCCUCCGAAAAGCAUGGAAAAUUUAUAAUAAGUGUUAUGCCGAAAUUGAUGCUCUACAGAUGAUGCAUAAAAAGAGGUCUCAGGAAUCGCUGACAUCUGAUCGGGCUAAUGAUAACCAUAUUCCUGCUGUAUCUCUACAAGAAGAGUCACUAAGUAGACUGAAAGGUGCUGUCAGCUUUGGGUACGGACUUUUCCAUCUUUGUAUAUCAAUGGUACCUCCUAACCUGCUGAAAAUCAUCAACUUACUGGGGUUUCCUGGAGACCGUCUGCAGGGAUUAUCUUCCCUCAUGUAUGCAAGUGAAAGUAAGGACAUGAAGGCUCCAUUAGCUACAUUAGCUUUGCUCUGGUACCAUACAGUGGUGCGCCCUUUCUUUGCUUUGGAUAGCAUCGAUGCGCAAGCUGGGUUGAAGGAGGCAAAAGAAAUCCUGCAGACAAAGGAAGCCAUUUAUCCAGACUCUUCAUUGUUUCUGUUUUUCAAGGGGAGAAUUCAGCGAUUGGAGUGUAAAAUUAACAGUGCCUUGACAUCAUUCCAAACUGCGUUAGAACUAGCUAUAGAUCAGCGAGAAAUCCAACAUGUAUGCCUUUAUGAGAUAGGUUGGUGCAGCAUGAUAGAAAUGAAUUUCAAGGAUGCAUGCAAGUCUUUUGCACGGCUUAAAAAUGAGUCCAGGUGGUCUCAAUGCUAUUACGCCUAUUUGACUGCAGCAUGCCAGGGAGCAACAGGUGAGACUGACAAGGCACAAGAAGUGUUCAUAGAAGUCCAGAAGCUUUUCAGAAGGAAGAAUAAUCAAAUUGAGCAAUUUUCUGUCCGAAAGGCUGAAAGAUUCCAGAAGGAGAAGCCCACCAAAGAAUUAUGUGUGCUCGCUGCCAUUGAAGUGCUCUAUUUGUGGAAAGCACUUACCAAUUGUUCCCCUUCGAACCUACAACGAAUGAAUCAAGCUUGUCAGGAAAUGCAUGAGCCAUUAACAAUUGGGUUAAAACACCUACUCCUUGGUGCAAUACACAAAUGUCUAGGAAAUUCAGAUGGUGCUAUUCAGUUCUUCCAACUAGCUAUAAAAGAUGAGUUGAGUCGUCAGAACAAUGCAUACAUACAGCCGUAUGCUUGUUAUGAGCUUGGAUGUCUGUUGUUAGAGAAUCCAGAGACUUUGGACAAAGGCAGAACUUUACUGUACCAAGCCAAGGAAGAGUUUGCUGGUUAUGAUUUUGAAAACCGUCUACACGUGCGUAUUCAUACUGCAUUAGCAUCCUUGAAAGAAGUUGUUCCGCAGUGAUCUUUGCCAAACAGGAAUCUUCUUCAGUGCACACAUGCAAUUGAACUUAAAUCAGUUCCUGCACUUUAUGCUGUAAGUACACAGCAAAGGAAAUAGAGUGGUUGGUCUGAGCUCACGAAGGCUGCAUUAAACCUAAGCAUGUAGAAUAUCUUCGGAUGUGUAGGGGCAGUUUCACUGAUAAAUGAAAGAUGCAUUGAAGCUGUUGCUUCUUUAUUAUAGGUAGUUAAACAGGAAGUGGCUUAGGGUUCCAAGGAUUAUCAAGUGACCUUGCUUAUUUCCCCACUUUGACUGAAGCUCAAUUCAGAGCUAACUCGAAUAUCAGUGCAGCUUAAAGCACAGAGCCUGUUCACGUCAUUGGGGAAGAUUCUAAAUGUGCUUUGGUUGAGGUAGUAGAAGAUCAGGAAGGAAAAAGUGUUCACUGCUUUUGCCUGUUAAUAGCCAUAUUUUUGUUGCACUUGUAUUUUUAAUUUGCCUAGCUUUAACACCACCAUUAUUUUAAGAUGUGUAAAAUAUUGUUAGCACUUUUUAAAUUCCCUUUUGUAUCAGACCCCACAGAACACCAGCAGCAAAGGACUUGAGUUCAUUUCUGCUCAGGGUCGUUUGUUAAUUAUGAAUGAAAGAUGCAGUAUCUACAAGGUCUUUUUUUUGAAAAGCUUGUUUAGUCCUGUGAUGCCACUACACAAAGAUGUUCUUUGAGAUCUUCUGGUAUACUUGUAAAAAAAAAAAAUCCAAAUACCUCAGUUGUAGAUCAGAUGUAAAAAAAACCAAGAAAAAUUGUGAAAUUCAUACAUUUUUAAAGGAUAUCUCUGGGAAACAGGAUAAUGGACAAAUGAAAUUGCCUUGUAGCAUCUCAGUGUCUAAUUAUCUAUUUUGUCAUUUGUUUUGCCAUAUUAUGACAUGUUUGUAUCUACUGUUAAUAGCAUCUUAACAGGGUAAACAAGAUUUUAUUCUGUUAGAUUAUGCCUCUGCCAAGUUAUUUUUGCAUCAUUAUCUGAGAGGUGGAAGCCAUUAACUAAGAACAUAUCACUUGGAUGCGGAUGUCACUUAUCACAUUUCGUUUUAAAAAUAUAUUUUUUUAUAAAUCCCUAUCGAAAUCUGAGGCAUGAUCUAAUGGGAAUAAAAUCAAAAAGAAUACAUCAUUCCUGAAUUAAAUAUGCUUUGUAUGGAUUGGCAAUGAAUGUUUAUUGCGCCAGUUUUUGCUGUUUCCUGAAGCCUGCUGCUUUGAUUCUAUAGGCGCUGGUUGCCGUCUGGUACCUUGUCCAACUGGCCAGUUGACUUGGCGCAGAUUUGGGUUCUUUCUGUGUGACUAAGCAACUCCUUGGAGAUGCUCACCUGAACUGUCGCUGGUUAUGUUAGGUUUUUAUUUAUUUCAGAAUUUUCAAGUUGUUGCUCAGCAAAAGGGUUUUAUUUGUAAUUUGGAAUCUUGUCGCCCUGUGUUUUCAAACUUGCGAUCCUAGGAUUUAAGUCCCCUUAUUUACACAGUAUAAUUCCAUUAUGUGGUCACUUUUGUUUUAUUUUAACAGUAGAAUUAAAUAACUGAGCUGUUUGACAUCGAGUAAUGUGAUAAAGUAAUGUAACGUGAAUCUUCCAAUUUGCUCACACUGGAGAAUGUUAUCAACAUUCUUGCUCUUGUACACACAUUGCUCAGGGGAAGGGAAAAUUUUUUAAAAAUUUACAAAAAUGUUAAUGAACUGAUGUUGUAAAUUACCCAAGAAAUUGAUGUGUUUCUGUUCGUGGUAACUGUAUUUCAUAAAUGGAGGAAGAAUUAGUUCAUCUUGCAUUGACGAGUGACUUGAUUACAGAAGGAACAAGUACUUGUAAAUGUUCUGCCUGCCCAUCACUCACUGUUACUGUGAUGCUCUUUGAGAUUAGGAUCGAGAACUGGAUCUGUUCAUUGUGUACGAGUGGAAAUGUUGACUAACUGGAUGGUGAUGAAAACUGUCAUUGUAUUUUUGACUGUAUGUAGACUGCUAUAACUCUGCUGUAUUAAAAAAAGACAUGUCCAGUU